AUGGAAGAUAUGAAUGUUGAUCUUUUAUUUCACCAUGGAGGUAAAUGGACUUUAAAACCUCACCUACUAUAUGAUGAGAGGUAUGUUCAUUCUUUGAGGGCCUUUAAUUCCAAUCACCUAAAUUUGAUUGACAUAAAAGAGGUGUUUGAAAAUAACUUGAGUUUUGUAUUAGUUAAACAAGUACUUGUAAAAGGACCUUCUGGAAAUUUGUUUUUGGUUCAAGAUUCUGAUGGAAUUAGGAUACUUCAGGAGUUACUAACUGAAGCGUUUAGGGUAGUUCAUGUAUUUACUAUUGAUGAUAAUGAAGAAAUUGUUUUUGCCCCUAACAUUAUCAAUCAUAGUGAAACAUAUCAUGUUCAGUGUGAGUAUGGGACUGACGCCGAGUCAGAAAGUGAUGAUGGUUUGGUUGAUCCUACUUCAGAUGGUGAGUAUGACUUUGAUGAAUUAGAGAUCAUUAAGAUGCAAAAAAACAAGGAAGUCAAUGCUAAUCUAAGUCAUUACAAAGACCUUUUUCUUAAUGUGACCUUUAAGAACUUAGAUGAUGCUAGGAAAACUUGUAAUUUAUAUGCCCUGGCGACUAAAAAACCUUUGAAAGUUGCAAAAAGUGACCGAAAAAGAUUAAGAUACAGAUGCAUAGAGGGUUGUCCAUUUGCAAUUCUUGUUUCACUUGAUGGUAAAGGUCCAGGAUAUAAACUUAAGACUUUUAAGCAAGAACACAACUGUGAAGAGGCAUUACACAAUCCUAGAGCUACCACAAACACUUUAUCCCAUUAUUUCAAAAGCAAAGUUCAGAAUAAUCCCAAGUAUGCGCUGAAGGAUAUGAAACAAGACUUGAUGGAUAAUUUCAACUUAAAUACUAAUGAUUCAAAGUUGAAAAGGGCCAAGAGAAUGGCCCUUCAAAAAAUGCAAGGCAGUUUUUUGGAUGAAUACAACAGAUUGGAGGCGUAUGCAAAUGAGAUUAGAAUGACUAAUCCCAGUAGUGAUGUGGUGAUUAACUUAUCAAAAGAUGCAAUGGUACAAGGAAAAAGAAAAUUUCUCAGAAUGUACAUAUGUUUUAAUGCAAUGAAGGUUGGAUGGAAAGAAGGAUUAAGACCACUCAUAGGACUUGAUGGGACAUUUUUAAAGGGCCAAUGCAAGGGGCAAUUACUGGUGGCUAUGGCACAAGACUGCGAUAACUCUUUCUAUCCAUUGGUGUGGGCUAUAGUGGAUAAGGAGACCACUACGACAUGGACAUGGUUCUUACAGUUGUUGGAGAAGUCAUUGAAUCUGAAGAAUGGUGAUAGCAUCACAUUUAUGUCUGACAUGCAGAAGGGAUUACUGAAUGCAGUGGAAAAUGUCCUUCCAUUAUCAAACCAUAGAUAUUGUGUAAGACAUGUUGAGGCCAAUUGGAUGAAGAGAUUUAGGACCGGAAAGAUGAAGAAACUUAUGUGGUGGGCUGCUUGGUGUACUUAUGAAGAAGAUUUUAAGGACCAAUUGAAUGCUCUUGGUGCAUUAUCAGAGGAAGCUGCUAAAGAUUUGGUCAAGUUUCCACCACAAAAAUGGUGCAGAACAUAUUUUGAUACUUUGUGCAAAAAUCAGUUGGUAGAUAAUAAUUUCACUGAAUCCUUCAACUCUUGGAUCUUGGUACCUAGAGGCAAGCCUAUCUUGAAGAUGCUUGAAGAGAUUAGAGACAAAAUAAUGAACAGGUUGAGAAAGAAGGAAAAAGAGGCAGAAACAUGGAACAUUCAUUACAAACACAGUCCUAAGUGUAUGGAAUUGUUCAUUGCCUACAGUAAGAUUGCCAACUUAUGCAAGCUUGAGUUUAAUGGGGACCUUGGGUUUGAAGUGUCUGAGGGUGAAGAUAGGCACAUAGUGAAUAUUGUGGAGAAGAAGUGCAGUUGCAGGUAA